AUGUCUACGACGGGCUCAACCGCCUCACGUACUAUAACAGCUACUCCAUCCGCUACUUCCCGUGAAGCAACAACCAAUUCUAUAUUGGACUCGACCACACCAAAUCCCACUACAACUACAACAUCCACUACUUCUCGUGAAGCAACGACAAAUUCUUUAUUGGACUCGACCACACCAAAUCCCACUACACCUACAAAAUCAACUUCAACACAAUACACCACAACCAUGUCUACGGCGGGCUCAACCGCCUCACGUACUAUAACAGCUACUCCAUCCGCUACUUCUCGUGAAGCAACAACCAAUUCUAUAUUGGACUCGGCCACACCAAAUCCCACUACAACUACAAAAUCAACUUCAACACAAGACACCACAACCAUGUCUACGACGGGCUCAACCGCCUCACGUACUAUAACAGCUACUCCAUCCGCUACUUCCCGUGAAGCAACAACCAAUUCUAUAUUGGACUCGACCACACCAAAUCCCACUACAACUACAACAUCCACUACUUCUCGUGAAGCAACGACAAAUUCUUUAUUGGACUCGACCACACCAAAUCCCACUACACCUACAAAAUCAACUUCAACACAAUACACCACAACCAUGUCUACGGCGGGCUCAACCGCCUCACGUACUAUAACAGCUACUCCAUCCGCUACUUCUCGUGAAGCAACAACCAAUUCUAUAUUGGACUCGGCCACACCAAAUCGCACUACAACUACAAAAUCGACUGCAAAGAUCUUUGUGACAGGUGAAAAUGGGAUUUUUGUUGCAGACCUACGAGAUGACCUAGACUUCACUGAUAUACUACAUAACACUGCUGAAAAACCCCGAUAUAUUACCUAUGACUCCGUGAAGAAGAAGGUCUACUGGACUGACAACGAUACAAAACAAGUUUAUCGUGCUGAUGCGGAUGGUGGAAACAGGGAGGAGGUCACUUUUGAAGGCAGUGAUGAUCUACGAGGUAUUGCUAUUGCCGAGAAAUCUCGCACUCUCUACAUCGCGAAUAAAAGUCAGAAGAAAAUAACGUCGGUAUCAAUUGCACAAGGAAUCUCGGAUGAGAGCGAGACGGACUUUACAUCCGGGUUAUCUAAAGAAUUAUAUUCCUUAGAAGUGGAUGAAGAGAAAGGAUUCUUAUAUUGGUCAAUGAAGGGAGAGAUCCUACGCAAACCUCUCAAUGGAUCUGGAAGCACGGAGACUAUAUACCUUAACGAAGAACUAUCCGAAAUCACCGGAUUGAGCAUUGAUCUCAGCAGAGAUCCACGACGCAUAUUAUUCUUUGACUCUGUUAAUAAACGACUUUUCGACAAGGGCGUAAACCAAUCUUCAACAAUUGCUCGCGAGCGCACCAAUGGUAAUGAGGAGCGAGAAAAAUUUCGAGAUCUCAGGUACUUCCAUGGCACCCGCUACUGGCUUAAAGAGGGCAGUCCUAUCCGUGUCAUGACCACUGACCUCUACACAGUGGUCACCGUCAUGACGUACGAUCGUUAUAACAGCCGAUCAAUCACCAUCAAAAAAACCAACGUGAUUCAGAAACCCUUUCAAUUGCUCAUCAUUAAUGUAAAUCCAUGA